AUGACGUGGCGGGAGCUACGUAGUCGGCAGUUCUGGCGCGCCAUUCUUGCAGAGCUGCUCGGCACCCUGAUCUUAGUGAGCGCCAUACUGGGUGCCUCUGUGCCGGGGCCCGGAGAGGCCCCCUCGGGACCCCUGUACCCGGCAGUGGCAGUCGGCGUGUCGAUAGUGGCGCUGGCGCACUGUUUCGGAGAAAUAAGCGGCGCACAGGUGAACCCGGCUUUGACUCUGGCUCUGUUGGCCACGCGUAAGCUGGAGGUUCUCCAGGCCGUUGUCUACAUCGCUGCUCAGUGUUUGGGGGCCUUCUUAGCAUCCGGGGCCCUUUACCUGGCCCUGCCCGUCAAAUCCACCGCAGAACACUUCGUCAACAGGGUUCCUAUCGAGGUGAACGCAGCCCAGGCUGUGGGCAUCGAGGUGUUGUGCACCUUCCAGAUGGUCUUCACCGUGUUCUCCGUGGAGGACCACCGACGGAGGGAAAGCUCAGAACCAGGAUACCUGGCCGUUGGGUUAGCUCACACGGCUGGAGUGCUCAUCGGGGCGCGAUUCUCCGGUGGGAGCAUGAACCCUGCUCGCUCUCUGGGUCCAGCCAUCGUCACUGGAUUCUGGGAAAACCACUGGGUGUACUGGAUCGGCCCCGUGUUCGGGGCCAUGCUGGGCGGCGUGUCCCACGAGUUCCUGUUCGCCCGCAGCGCCUCUCGCCAGAAGCUGGUGGCGUGUCUCACCUGCAAGGACAUCGAGAUCGUGGAGGCGGCCAGCGCCACGGGGUCGUCUCUGUCCACGGUCACGCAGAACGCCAGAGCCAAGCAGACCAACAAACAAGACAACAACUGA